ACUGCUCUGGAUCUGGGUUUUACAUCAGGCAGAAGGACAUCGCAGUAGUCUGUAGCUGGAAAAAGUUGCUCUCUUCAUAGCAGCCAAGAAACAGGGAGGGAGAAGUAGGGUAGGACCAGGACUAGAAUAUACCCUUCCAAGAUAGUGUGCAGUAACCUGAUUCAUCUAGCCAGGUCCUGCUUCCUGAUAGCCAUGGGUGAUGGUAGUCCACUAAUGAAUAGUCACUACUGUUCAAUGCCUCAACCACAUGGGAACCAAGCACAAGCCUUUGGGGAGAACACUUUCACAGUUAUCUACUUCACACCCACCUAUUCACCUGCUCUCUGUCCACCCUGAAGGGUUAUGCUCAAAGGUAUGCUGCUCAGUACUAAUGAGUGUUUUGUCUUGUUUUAUUCUUCACAUUCAUUUGGCAUGCCUAUGAUGAGUGUCUGCCAUGUGACAACACCCCAUGGCAGACGUGGAACUUUCAGUGAGCAACUUGUCUUCUAGAAGGAGCAGUUAAAGAAUCACAGCAGCAUUGCAAGGAAGUACUACAGAUAAAGCCAUAUCAUGUCUGAAUAUGGGAAGAUGACAGACACAGAGCGAGACCAGAUAGACCAGGAUGCUCAGAUAUUCAUGAAGACCUGUUCAGAAGCAAUUCAUCAACUCAGAACUGAAGCCCACAAGGAUAUCCAUUCCCAGCAAGUAAAGGAGCACAGGACUGCUGUUUUGGAUUUUGUUGAAGACUACUUAAAAAGAGUGUGUAAACUUUACUCAGAACAAAGAGCCAUCCGAGUGAAACGAGUGGUGGAUAAGAAGAGACUAUCUAAGCUGGAACCAGAGCCAAAUACCAAGAGAGAAUCCACAUCUUCUGAGCCGGUGGCAGAAAAUGCUUCACAAGACUCUGAAGAAAAACCUGUGACUGAAGAAUACCCAGAAAAGCCUCUGGCCGAAGCACAGCCGGAACUGGGAAGCUGGGGAGAUGGCAAGGGUGACGAUGAGCUGUCUCCAGAAGAGAUCCAAAUGUUUGAACAAGAAAACCAGAGACUUAUUGGUGAAAUGAGCAACUUAUUUGAUGAAGUGAGGCAAAUUGAAGGGAAAGUGGUUGAAAUUUCCAGGCUCCAAGAGAUAUUCACUGAAAAAGUUUUGCAACAGGAAACUGAAAUUGAUAACAUUCACCAGUUAGUUGUUGGGGCAACAGAAAAUAUCAAGGAGGGCAAUGAAGACAUACGAGAGGCGAUUAAAAACAACGCAGGCUUCCGUGUGUGGAUCCUCUUCUUCCUUGUGAUGUGCUCCUUCUCCUUGCUCUUCCUUGACUGGUACGACAGCUAGCCCACCCAGGGCUGCGGCCUGCGCUCUGCACAGGGACCAGCGCGCGUCUGGUGCUAGACUACGGCUGCAACUGACUUCUCACGGAGCCAUGUGAGGGCAGGGCACUUGGGACAUGUCGAGCCUGUCAGCUUCCGGAAGUGGCUCCAGCGGCCGUCUGCUGAAGCACCGGUGUGGCAGGCGGAGCAGGAGAGCAGCACAGCGCAGCCUGUGCUUCUACUUCUCAAAGAAGUCCUGCCCUCCCUGUCCUACCCAACAGCUCUCUCCAAUGUGACUUGUUCUUGUUCCCUUGUCUACUGUGCCUGAGUCAAAUGACUCAUGGUGUCAGAAAACCACAUUCAUAUUUACCUUGCCAAUCUAAUAAAUGUAGUUACAGCCACUUA